AUGCAAAACAUCGCGCUUUCAUCAACGACUGCUCAUAUGCUUGGACUCACCUUCGCCAGCAUGUAUGUCGGUUCAAUAUACGUCUCAAAAGAGGCUCGGCUUGUAUUCAACGCUCAGCUCACAGCGGUUGAUUCCACUGGCAAGCCCAGGGAGCGGCCAAGGGCAGACAAUGAGCGCUGGAGGGAUGACCCAGACGUUAUAAGGGCUCGUCUCAUCGCUGUGACAAUUGCUACGGUACUAUGCAUCACCUCAGUCUGCUGGAUCACUCAAUCUAUACCGGCUGCACUGCCUCUGUUGGGUCUCUGGCCGUCUUUUCCAACAUCAUUGACCUCCUUGCGACAUGUAGUCGCCCCUCACCUUAUCACGCCUCUUCUUUUUCUCGGCCCGUUAUAUGCAAAAUUUCUUUCAUUUUCUCCGCGGAAUCACUGGCGAGGAAAUCUUUCUACGCGCACAAAGCUGCUCUUCUGCAAUGUCACUGGAUUAAGGAACUAUAUUGUGGCACCAAUAACAGAGGAAAUUGUCUUUAGAGCAUGCGUACUUUCCGUGUACCUCCUCUCUCCGACACUAGCCGCAUCUCAGAUCGGACUUGUUCUGACAACUCCUCUGAACUUUGGUGUCGCCCACCUGCACCAUGCCUGGGACACGUAUAACAGGCUUGGCCGUACAACUGUGGCUUUGAAACGAGCAAUACUUAUUUCUUUAUUCCAAAUGGUGUACACGACGUUAUUCGGUGCACUCUGUACCUACCUAUUUCUUCAAACUCACUACUCUGUAUUGGUGCCGAUAACAGCUCACAUUUUCUGUAAUAUCAUGGGCUUUCCUGACUUUCGUGAAGAUUUGCGGUUAGGAGAGGGCGAUGGAAGGAAAGGGGUGGUCAUUGCAGCAUACUUACUUGGUGUUGUAGGAUUUGUGUAUUCGGUGUCACCAGCGGGUAGAUGGUGGUGGUCUUUCGCUGAGAAUAACGAGGUUCUAUUAAGGUAG